CACUACGGGCUGGCCACGGGCAACGCCCUGAUCCAGCACCUGCUGCAGGAGGCGGCCCAGCGCCGCUCCUGGGCCAGCGAAGAGGAGUCAACUGAGCAGGCGUCGCAGACAUCUUCGCCCAGCCAGUCAUCUGUCAGGGAGAAGAGCAGCACCCCGAGGAAGAGGAAGGCCCCUCUGCCUCCCCUGGGCACCCCCAGCCAGGAGGACCGGGACGCCUACGAGGAGAUCGUGCGGCUGCGGCAGGAGAGGGCCCAGUUCCUGCAGAAGAUCCGGGGCUUGGAGCAGCAGGAGAAGCAGAGACGGGAGCGGGCAGAGCUGGAUGAGGCCUCCCUGCGCUCCAUGGAGAAACAGAUCCAGGAGCUGGAGGAGCGGCUGGUGGCACGGGACGGGGAGAAGGAGAAGCUGGGCAAGGAGGUGGAGGCUCUGCGGAGCCGCCUAUCCUCGAUGGAGAAUGAGAAGGAGAACACGAGCUACGACAUUGAGACGCUGCAGGACGAGGAGGGAGACCCGCUUGAGUUCCCAGGAGCGGAGAUGCUGCUCUCCAAGAAGACGCUGAGCCCCUCGGCCGAGGAGCUGCUGGCCACGCUCCAGGGGCAGGUGCAGUCGCUGACCGUGCAGAACAAGGAGCUGAGGGAGAAAAUCCAGGUGCUGGAGAACUACGAGCGGGAUGAGAGCAGCCCCCCUGCCCCGGGGGACGUGGUGCCCGCCAGUCUGUACCAGGCCCUGCAGCGGGAGCUGGAGCGGCUGCGGGCGCAGGGCAGGGAGGCCACGGCGCGGGCCGGAGGGGACGGGCAGCGCGCGGCCUCGGAGCCCGUCCCGGAGGGAACCGCGGGGCCGCGUCCCGCCGAGGAGCCGGCCUGGGCCUGGGGCGAGUGCAAGGCGGCGCUGGGCGAGCUGGGGGUGCAGACAUCCUCCUCCUCCUCACCCUCCGGCGAGCGGGAGCCGGGCGCAGAGCUGGCGGAGGCGCGGGCGGCCCUGAAGCGGGCACAGACCGAGCUGGAGGAGCGGGAGCGGCGGCUGAAGGAGCUGCGGGCCCGGCUGGAGGCCGCGGAGGCCGCGGCCUCGCCGGGAGCCUCUGUGGAGGAGGCGUCGCGGGAGAAGGAAGCGCUGCUGGAGCGCUGCGGGCGCGCCGAGGCCGAGGCAGAGGCGCUGCGGCGGGAGCUGGAGGCGAGGCCGCGAGAGCCGGCGCGGCAGCAGGCGGAGGCCGAGGCGCAGCUGGCAGAGCUCCGGGCCGCGCUGGCGCGCAGGGAGGCCGAGCUGGGCGCGCUGCGGGAGCGGCUGCGGGAGCACGAGGAGGAGGCCCCGGCGUGGCCGCAGCGGGCGCGGGCCGAGGGCUGGGUGCCCCGGGACGAGCACGCCCGCGCCACGGCCGCGCUGCAGGAGCAGGCGCGGGGCCUGCGGGAGCGCCUGGCGCAGCUCGAGGCCGCGGCCGACGCCAAGGCCCGCGAGGCCGCCCGGCUGCAGGCGGAGCUGGCGGCGGCCGUGCCGCGGGCGCAGCACGAGGCGGCCGAGGCCGGGCUGCGGGCGGAGGCGGCGGCGCUGGUGCAGCGGCUGCAGGAGCUGGAGCGGCGGCACGAGAAGACGUGCGAGGAGGUGUUCCGCGUGCAGCGGCAGGCGCUGUUCAUGAAGAGCGAGCGGCAGGCGGCCGAGGACAGGCUGGGCGCCGCGCAGAAGCAGCUGGAGCAGGCCCAGGAUGAGGCGCGGCGGCUGCGGGAGCUCCACGGCCACGCCGAGGAUGCGGCACGGCUGGUCAGGGACAGGGACAGGAAGAUCACGGAGCUCUCCAAGGAGGUUUUCAGGCUGAAGGAAGCCCUGAACGCCCUCCCCGAGUCGGGAGGUCCACCACAAUCCCCACCCAACACGGCCGCGCUCCAGGCGCGGAUCCAGGCGCUGGAGGAGAAGCUGGAGGAGACAGAGACGAGGCACAGCAAGGUGGUGACACUCUACCGGAGCCACCUGCUCUAUGCUGUGCAGGGCCACAUGGACGAGGACGUGCAGAGACUCCUGUGCCAGAUCCUGAGGAUGCAGCGGCUGCAGGAGCAGGGCAGAUGAGCCCCUGCCAGCACGGGUGGCACAGGGACAGGGGGGACAGGUCUGUCACAGCACCCUGUGUGUCCCUUUGCUUGUCCGGGCACCCAGCCCACCCCCAGCACAGCAGCAAUAAAGUUAUUUAUAGUCACA